UCGGUGGGUGUAGGGAUUACUCAUUUCGAAAGCUCUUGUCACUUGCUUUGAUGACGAUGACGAUGGCGGUGGCGCUGCGGGUCCCGAUGCUCCCAUCGGCCGGCGAUCGUCGCCGGCAUUGCUCGAUCGGGAUGGUUCCUGGAAGGAGAUCGGUUGUUAUGGCGGAGGCGUUGGCGGGGAGGACUAGUAUUCACCGGUUGAUUGAGUCGGAGGGGACUGUGCUGUUGCCGGGGUGCUACGAUGCCCUAUCAGCGGCCAUUGUUCAGAUGUCUGGUUUCAGCGCUGGGUUCAUCUCUGGUUAUGCGCUCUCGGCUUCCCUUCUCGGCAAGCCUGACUUCGGGCUCCUCACGCCGCCGGAGAUGGCGGAGAGCGCAAGGUUAGUGUGCGCAGCGGCGCCGAAGAUUCCCAUCAUUGCUGAUGCUGAUACUGGAGGUGGGAAUGCACUGAAUGUUCAGAGGACUGUCAGGGAUUUGAUUGCAGCUGGUGCCGCUGGCUGCUUCCUUGAGGAUCAAGCAUGGCCUAAGAAAUGUGGGCAUAUGCGCGGCAAGCAGGUGAUUUCAGCACAAGAGCAUGCAGCAAAGAUUGCCUCUGCUAGAGAUGCUAUAGGGGAUGCUGACUUUUUCCUUGUUGCUAGAACUGAUGCACGUGCAACAUCUGCAAAGACUGGGCUUGGCGAAGCAAUUUAUAGGGCUAACCUUUACAUGGAGGCAGGAGCAGAUGCCUGUUUUGUCGAGGCACCAAGGAAUGAUGCAGAGCUUAUCGAAAUUGGCCGUGAGACAAAAGGUUACAGGGUCUGCAACAUGCUUGAAGGAGGAGUCACACCACUGCACACACCGCAAGAACUAAAAGCAAUGGGUUUCCAUAUCAUCGUUCACCCACUGACAACUCUCUAUGCUUCUGCCCGCGCAAUGAUUGACAUUCUCAAGGUUAUCAAAGAGUCCGGAAGCACCAGAGACCAGCUUCACAAACUAGCCACUUUCGAGGAGUUCAACAAGCUCAUUGGUCUUGACACAUGGUUUGAACUUGAAGCAAAGUUUGCAAAAAUCAGCACUGCUGUUGACAGAAAAGCUUGAAUCUUGAACCCAUCUUCCAAUUUCCUGCCAAUUCCCAUGUGUACAAUAAAAAACAGGAAAAUUGCAAUACUAGAGCAGUAAACCAGUUUGAAAGGCAAUGUGUGCUUC